AUGCCUGCCGUCCCGACCCUCCUCCAGCGCGAGAAGUCCGAGUUCGACCCGGCCGAGGUCACCGUCCUCUUUGUUCUCGGUGGCCCCGGUGCGGGCAAGGGCACCCAGUGCUCGAACCUGGUGCGCGACUACACCUUCAAGCACCUGUCGGCGGGCGAUCUUCUUCGCGAGGAGCAGCAGAGACCCGGAAGCGAGUUCGGUGAGAUGAUCAAGGAGUACAUUCGCGAGGGCAAGAUCGUGCCCAUGGAGGUCACCAUCCAGCUCCUCGAGAAUGCCAUGAAGGCCGCUAUGAAGGAGGAGAACAAGAAGAAGUUCCUGAUCGACGGCUUCCCCCGCCAGCUCGACCAGGCCCACGCCUUUGAGAAGAGCGUGUGCCCUGCCAAGUUCACGCUCUUCUUCGACUGCCCCGAAAGCACCAUGGAGGCGCGCCUGAUCAACCGUGGCAAGACCUCUGGCCGCUCAGACGACAACAUCGAGAGCAUUCGCAAGCGCUUCAAGACCUUCGUCGAGACCUCGAUGCCUGUCGUGGAUGAAUUUGAGAGCCAGGGCCGCGUUGUUAAGAUCGAUGCCACCCAGGCUCCUGAGGAGGUUUACGAGGUUGUGAAGGCCAGGCUCAGCGAGAGGGGCAUCGCUCUUGGCUCGUAA